UUAGAACUGUAAUUGGUCAGUCUCCUUAUUAAUAUUAUUAUUAUUACAAUUAUUAUGCUUCUUAUCUAAAUAUCACAAAUAUAUUUUAAUUAUAAUUAAUAAUAAUGAAAAAAAUAAAUGAUGAAUCUAAUAAAAUUAUUGAUUAUAAAACACGUCAAUUAUUAUUUUUUCAAUGUCAUUUAAAAUUAAUUAAACAAAUAUUUAUAAAAAAUAAUGAAAAAUUUAAUGAAACCAAUGCAAAUUAUUUAUUAAAUAAAUAUAUAAAUAAAUAUAGAAAAUUAAAAUGUAUUGCCUAUUUUCUUAUUGAUCGUAUACGUUUAAAACGAUAUAAGAAUUUAAUUUAUAUAAAACCAUUUCGUAAAGAAAUUAUCUAUCGUGAUAUUAAACACUUUUUUAUAUUUCCUAAUUAUCCACAAUUAUUUAUGUUGUGUAUUAUUGAUGAAUACAAUAAUAAUAAAAAAUCAUAUGAAUUAUAUCAAUGUAUUAAUUAUAAUGAUGUUAGUGUUGUAUGUAAUUUAACAUAUAAAGCAUCUAUUAAUAUAUAUAAUACAUUAUAUAAUACAAUAUCAUUAAAAGAAAUUAAUUUAACAAAUAACGAUUAUUCAAAAUAUAAAUUGAAGUAUUCAAGCUUCAAUAAUUUAUUAAAUCAAACAAAUAAUAAUUUGAAUUUAUUUAAAUCAUCAAAACAAAUGAAUAAUUCUAUGAUAAAAAAUAAUUCGAAUUCUAAUUUAUUCAUUAAUUAUUCUAAUGAUUAUUCUAUAAAUAAUAAUAAUAAUAAUGAAAAAUGUUUAAUUAAAAAAGAAUUAAUAAAGAAUACAUUAAAUUCAGUAUAUUCUAAUAAUUUACAAUCAUAUCAUCCAAAAUUUUACUCACUACAUAAUUUAGAUUCAAAUAAAGCAGAAUAUAUUAAUUCAAAGAUGCAUAUAAUUAAAAAUAAUGUACAUAGUGAUUAUUCUGUACGUAAGCUGUCUCUUAUUCCUCAUAAUAAUAAUAAUAAUAACAAUGAACAACAAGAGAUUUAUAUCAAAGAUAAUCAAUUAUUCAAACAAAAGUCAUUAAAUGUAACAUAUUCACCAUUACCGUCACCAUCAUCAUCAUCACCAUCAUCAACAACAACAACAAGAACAUCUAAUGAGGAUUAUAAUUUAGACAAAUACAUACAUAUAAACCAAGAUAUAUUUUCUACAAAUGAUCAUAUGAAUUCUAAAUUUCAAGAUAUUAAAAGAAAUUCAAUUUUUCUUAAGCAAAAUUUAAGUCAACCAUUAAACUAUAAUAAUAAUGUCAAAAUGUUAAAAACAUUUACAAUACCUACAGGAAAUAAAGUUUAUUGUCAUAAAAAUGAUUUAGACAUUUAUCAUGACAAUAUGAAUAUGAAAAUGAAUGAUUAUCGUCUUUUUAAUGAUUAUGAUGAUGAUGAUAAUAAUUAUUAUUAUUUUGAAAAUAAACUUAGAAAGUGUAAAUCUAAUAUAGAUAUAACAUCAGCUGAUACGACUUAUUUAUGUUAUGAUCCAGUUGUUGGUAUACGUAUAAAUAAUAAAGGCCCAAUUUACAUGUAUAUGGCACGUUAUAAUUCAACUCUAAUAUCAUCAAGUCAUGAUUGUGUAGAUUUGGAAACUUAUUAAAAAAAAUUAUAUUACUUACGAUCUGUUUUACAUAUUUCAGUUUUGUCAUAAAACUCAACUCGAAUUCAUUUUAUGUACAUAUACAUUCUGUAGAACUUUCAUUAAUAUAUAUCUUUCUCUGUUUUAUAUAAGAACAAAUCAAAUCAGAAAUGUAAUGUCGAUAAUGUAAUAAGAAGACGAAGAUUAUCAGAACUAUGUGAUGAUAUACUAGUGCUAUACAUUUCGAACAAUCUGAUCACACAUAUACUUGUUAAGAACAUUUAUAUAUAAAAAGAAGGUCAACUAGAGUGCAAAUCGGGUAAGAGGAGAUAAGGAUAAUAGCAAGAGUAAUAAUAAUAAUGUGAACACAAUUUGAAACCUAACCACUUUGAGUAAUAAGCCAGUAAUACCAGAGUAG